CAGAGCAACAUGGGGCAGUGAGGGAGAGACACAUGGAGAGAGAGAUGAGAGGUUAGGAGUCGCCAGUUGGCAAGACAAUCAGAGACAGGCCACUGAUUCAGAGCUUGGCGCACAGCUGGCGUGACGGGUAAAGAGGCUGCAGGCGAACACUGAGUGGAGGGACAGUGACAAUGUGCAGCGAGUGUGGGAUUAAAUAUACUGGAGAAUAUUAUCAACUCAAUAACCCAAAUAUCAAACAGGAAACAUUUGGAGACUACAGGUGGACGAUUUUGAACUGCAGCCCAGAGGGGAAUAACAGAAUGGAUGCUGCUUCUAAAAGUACAUUUGGAGAUAACUAAUUUAUGAACGAGUGUGGACGUCAUCUAGCAUCAAACUACUGGGCAAAGAAGUAAAAGAGGAACUGUUUUUUUCAUGUUGUUACAGAUGUUUUCUGAAUAACAUUAACAAUGUGGUAACAUUUGGCAUUCAAAAAAAAACCCUGUAAUUUUGUACAGAUCGCCUUUUUCAUUCUUCCAGCUUUUUCUCCAGAAGUAAACAUGUGGAAUUGACUGGAUUUGACAAUUCACAUCUUUACAGCAACUGGUCCUUCAUAUUUAGUACGUAGUACUGAAUGGAUGGUUUAUGAUGGGAAGGACCAGGACUGCCUGCAAAGUAAAGUGAAUCAGUCUAGACCUUAAUGUAGCACCAUCUAAAGAAGACAUUGUGUGUUUCCCUUGCAUCCCUUGUGCAAAUGAUACUACUAUGGAGGCCAGACACAAGCAAAACAAAGUGGAUUACAAACUGGUAAACCUACUGCAUCCUGCCAGGUUGGCAGUCCUGAUGAGGUGUUUGAACCAUGUGGUCCACUAAGAGCAUGGAGCCAGAGGAAGCACACACCCAGAGCAGCUUCUUCAGCAAGGUGGAUGUGCCCGACCAUGCUCACUACAUUGUCGCCCUAUUCGUCUUUGUCAUCGGGGCACUGGGCAUCACUGGCAACGUGCUGGUUAUGUUUGCCUUCUAUAGUAACAAGAAGCUUCGUAACCUGCCUAACUACUUCAUCAUGAAUCUGGCGGUCAGUGACUUCCUCAUGGCUUUCACACAGUCCCCCAUCUUCUUCAUCAACUGUCUCUACAAGGAAUGGGUGUUUGGAGAGAUGGGCUGUAAGAUUUAUGCAUUCUGUGGAGCCUUGUUUGGCAUCGCCUCCAUGAUAAACCUACUGGCCAUCUCUAUCGACCGCUACCUGGUUAUCACCAAGCCCCUGCAGGCCAUUCACUGGAGCUCCAAACGAAGAACCACUCUGGCCAUCCUCACGGUGUGGCUUUACUCUUUGGCUUGGAGUCUGGCUCCUCUAGUUGGCUGGAGCUCCUAUAUCCCUGAGGGCCUGAUGACAUCUUGUACAUGGGAUUAUGUCACAUACACAUCGGCCAAUAGGAGCUACACGAUGAUGCUGUGCUGUUUUGUUUUCUUUAUUCCACUAGGAAUCAUCUUUUACUGCUAUCUCUUUAUGUUUCUUGCUAUACGGAAGACUAGCAGGGAAGUGGAACGUCUGGGGACUCAAGUGAGGAAAUCCACCCUGAUCCAACAGAAGUCCAUCAGGAGCGAGUGGAAGUUGGCAAAGAUCGCCUUUGUUGUCAUUGUGGUUUAUGUCCUCUCCUGGUCACCAUACGCCUGUGUCACACUGAUUUCCUGGGCUGGGCAUGCCAACAUCCUGUCGCCAUACUCCAAGGCUGUCCCUGCAAUCAUAGCAAAAGCCUCCACCAUCUACAAUCCUUUCAUCUAUGCUAUCAUACACACCAAAUACAGGAUGACUCUGGCAGAGAAGUUUGCCUUCCUGUCGUUUCUGUCUCCCACUCCUCGAAAGCAAUGCAUCUCCUCCUCCAUCAGUGAGUCCUCUUUGAGGGACUCCAUCAUUAGCAGACAGUCCACAGCAUCAAGAACUCACUUUAUUACAGCUUCCUCCAACUCCACUGGCAUGGUAUUAAGGGAUGUAGAGAUGGAGCCUUUGGGAAGGAACUCAGGUGAUUCCUUCAGGAACAUGUCGUCAUACAGAGGCAGAGGCAGUGCCUAUAAGAAACAAUUAGAGCGGAAGACCACCAAGCCAUACGUGGCAGUCAAGCAUCCAUCUACCAUGAGUGAAUCAUCGAGCACCUGUGAGCAUGAACUGGUUUCCACCUCUCUCACCAUCGCCACUCUGCCCCUACUAGUUCUUACCAGGAGGCACAGCCAGAUUCUGACCAAUGAGAUUUCUGAUGCAGGGGAGGAGAAAGGCAGCAUCAGUGAUAGGUUGAGCAGCCACAAGAGCGACUCUUUUGAUUCCCUGAAUUUUGGAAAAAUCCCAUCCACUGAUCCCAGGUCGCCUCAGGAUGUUCCACGCAUAAUUGUCAUCAGUCCCACAUCUGAAAGCAGCCUCAUGAACCAUGACAGUAUUUACUUGGAAGAGAGUGUUGAGGCAAUGGAGAACAAUGUUUUUGUCAGCCUAAACUUCUCAUCAGAAGUUUUUGAGGCAGUGGAGUUACUCUCUUGACCAGCUGGCUAAUUACCCCUGUACUCUUUUCCACAGAAGCUAAAUUAUUUAUUAUGAUUUCGGACCACAGACCACACCAUACUCUUCUCUUCAGGCCAAGACUUGUUUUGGAUAUGGACAAAGUAUUCAUCCACUGAAAUAAAUCAUUUACUAUCUGUUUCUGAGCUUGCUGACUCAUCCUGUACAAGUAAAUCCAAUGUAUGCCACUCUGUUGCUUAGAUAACUGGAGUGCAGAAGAAAAGUUGGUAUGGCAAAUGAAACAAUAUGAAUUGGAGCUGAAAUAUUUAUAUUUUAGUUAAUUUAGGCCCACGUCAUAGAUUAUUUGCUGGAGACUGAAGAGAGUACAUUUGCAUCUGAAAUUAGUCCAGUUUAGAUAGGGAUAAGGCUCUUCUACCUAUACUUUAAAACUAGACAAAGUGUGUAAAAAUGUUCCAUGACUGACAUCAAAUCAAGAACAAUAUACACCCCUUAAUGGGAAAAGGAGCAAAAAUGACCAAAAGAAGCAAGAUUUUUGUUCAGUUUGAAUUCUAAUAUCACAAAGAAAUUGCUCUAACAACAUUAGGUUGUGAGGAUGUACUUAAAGUAUAUAUAUAUUCAAUUCUUGUCUUGUGGUAGUAGUUCCUUUAGGCAGUUUGGGCCUUUUUAUUGUCAGGAAGAUAUGGGUGUAAUGAAAAAGUGAGGCUGUUGAUACUGGUCAAAAAGACUGAGGCAGGGUCAAAUGUGUUUCAUAAAACAAUGACUUUUUUAAUUUUCUGUGGUGACUUUUAAUAUGUCUUGCUCAUUAUGUGGACACUGUGCUUUUUUAAUAAAUACUCCACUGUUCCCUUAAACUAUUCCUAUUCAUAUGAAAAACUUAAGUGUACUAUUUUUUGUUGCUUGUGAAUGCUGCAGUGCUGUUGCCAGUGAUCUGAGUGAGUAUGUGCUUCAAAUUCCCAUUAUAGGAAGGAAGCACCAGUAAAGUAGAUUUAUAUACACAUAUGACAAAAGAUGUUUACUGAGGACUGUGUUCAAUUUUAAAUGUUUUAUUUUUUGGGGAGGGGAUGGUUAAUUAAUUGCACUUUUUAAAAAUCUGUCCUUUCUUUUUAGACAGACAGCAUAUUCACCCCAGUCAAUAAACGACAACUCCUCUUGUUCCUAACUGGCUAAUUAUUAUUCCUUAUUAUUGUAAUCCCUCCAGUAAGACUAAUUUGCAGCAUAAAUACAAAAUUAGGGCCAAUGAUAGAUCUUGACUUGAUUCAUAUUCAUGAUCAACCUUUGGUGUGUUGUCUUCGUCAUCUGCAAUUUAAACAACACAUCCUCAUUGACAAAAUAGGUCGUUUGCCAAUGACUCCCCAAAAUGCAUAUAUGACUGUUGGAGAGUACCAGCAACAGGCGUACCGGAUUUUUGUUGUCAUUCUAACAAUAAAGAUAUUUGACUUGA